GCACAUAUCUAAAUCGGAAGUAUAAGCAUACAAUAGUAACUAUAUCAUUAAUGUAAACACACAAAAGUGACUGCAGUUGCAAAAGGAACUGUAGGUAACUACAUGGCACAACUCAACGCCCAAAGAUAGCCUUCCUCCUCCUCCUCCUCCUCCUCCUCCUCUUUGAUGGGGGAGUCUCCCUUCCCGCCCCCUGAUUGGCCGAGGGUCUCGCGGACCGUCAAUGCCUCUUGGCUGCCCAGAAAUGUAUUAAUUGGAAACUUGCAAAGAGUAAAAAUUAACUUGUAUUAACGUCCGGUUUCCUUCGCCCAAAGCGAGAGAUUAAGCGAGAGAGAGAGAGAGAGAGGGAAUGGCCACCUUCCUCUCCGACCUGGUCCAGUACCGGGGCUUCUUCCAGAUGGUCCUGAUCCUGGGGAUCGGGGGCAGCUUCCCGUAUGGAUUCCACAUCUCGGUGAUCAACUACCCAUCCAUGCACAUCAAGAGGUUCCUCAACGCCACGUGGUCCUCCCGCCACGGCCGGCCUCUCUCCCCGGAGGCGGUCCAGCUGCUCUGGUCCUCCAUCGUCUCCGCUUACGGCCUGGGGGGCCUCCUGGGCAGCGCCGCCUGCGGCUUCCUCACCGCCCGCUUCCGCAAGAAGAAGUGCCAGGCGGCGGCCAACGGGGUGAUGGUGGGGGCCGCCCUGUGCGUGGGGCUGAGCGAGAGCGCCGCCUCCUUCGAGAUGAUCCUCCUCGCCCGGUUCCUCUUCGGGGUCGGCAUCGGCAUUUCCUUCAGCAUCCACCCGCAGUACGUGGGGGAGAUCUCCCCAAAGAGGCUCCGCGGCUUCGCCAACGCCACCGUUGCCAUCUUCCUGACCCUGGGAAAGGUCGCCGGGCAGGUCGCCGGCCUCAGGGAAGUGCUGGGCGGGGCCUCCCUCUGGCCCCUCCUCCUGGCCCUGACCGGCCUCUCUGCUCUGGCCCAGUCGGCGGCCCUUCCCUGCUUCCCGGACUCCCCUUCCUACCUCCUCCUCCAGAAAGGAAACGAGGAGGCCUUCCUCCAAGCCAUCCGGCGUCUCUGGGGCCCCGGGGACCAUGGUGCCGAGAUCGAGGACCUCCGCCGAGAGCAAGUCCAGUGGUGCCCGUCCUCUUCUCCUCUUCCUCCUCCGAAGGGGCUCCGGGUUCGAGAGCUGCUGGCCUCCCGGUCCCUGCGGUGGCAGCUCUACGUGACCUUCGCCCUCAUGACCACCCUCCAGCUCUGCGGCAUCAACGCAAUCUACUUCUAUUCCUUCGAAGUCUUCCGCACGGCCCAGUUCGAAGAGGAGACGAUCCCUUACGUGGCCCUGGGGGUCGGGGUCUGCGAGUGCCUCUCCUCCGUCCUGUGUGUGAGUCUAGGGCACCACAAACAACAACAACAUCAUCAUCAACAACAACAACGACACGUAUUUACUUCUCCACCCCUUCCUCUUCCUGCGCAGAGCUCCCUCAUUGAGCGCUUUGGGAGGCGGCGCCUGCUUUGGGGCGGAUACGCGGCCAUGGUCCUGGUCCUGGCCCUCCUCACCGCCACACUCACCCUACAGCACCGCUUCCUGUGGAUGCAUUACGUCAGCGUCGUCCUCAUCUUCCUCUUCGUCAUCUUCUAUGGAAUCGGGCCCUCCGGGGCCACGAUCGCGGUGAUGGUGGAGAUGUUCACGCAGGCUUUCCGCCCCUCGGCCUUUGUCCUGGUCGGGAUCCUCAACUGGGCCGGGCUCUUCCUCCUCGGCAUGGCAUUCCCUUUCAUCGUGGCCUGGCUGGGCCCGUUCUGCUUCCUGCUCUUCGUGGCCGUCCUUUCUGCUUCGGCCGCCUUCGUCUUCCUCUUCCUCCCGGAAACCAAAGGCAAAUCCAUCGUGGAAAUCACCGCCGAGUUCAAUAAACUUAAUUACAGGCGGAAGAAAGAUCUCUUCAAAGAAGAAGCAAACCACCACUACCCAAAGGAAGGCAUCUUCUGCACCCGGCUCUGAGAGCGGCAGCAACAACUACAACUAAUAGUAUUAUUUUACAUUGGGACACUCUCCAAGUUUACACAAUAUCCGUAUUGUUUUCAUCAGGGGAAAAAAAACAACAAAGAAACAUCAUCUUGUUUACAUUUGUUCAAUGACACAAAUAAAACAGUGUAUCAUCUUCUA